AUGCCUACUGUGGACGAUCUCAUCACUGAUCUUAAUGGUGCUACGGUAUUUAGUAAGCUGGAUCUCUCGUCUGGAUAUCAUCAAUUUGAAUUAUCUCCGGAAAGUCGGAACAUUACCACUUUUUCCACCCAUGUUGGGCUUAGAAGAUAUAAACGUCUUUUAUUUGGAAUUAAUGCAGCAGCUGAAAUAUUUCAGAACGCUAUCGAAGAAAUCCUGGCCGGCUUACCAGGAUGCAAGAAUAUAUCAGAUGACAUUAUUGUCUUUGGUAGAGGUCAGAAAGAGCACGAUACAAACCUACGUGGAGUUCUCGAAAGAUUGAAGCAGUAUAACAUUCGUCUAAAAGAAGAAAAAUGUUCAUUCUCACAGUCGACGAUUAUGUUCUAUGGUCAUAUCUUCUCCGCGGAGGGAAUUAAACCAGAUCCCAAGAAGAUCGAUGCCAUCAAAGCUAUGAAUCCACCUGAGUGUUCAAGUGAAGUGAAGUCACUCUUAGGAAUGGCGCAGUAUGUGUCCAGAUUUAUCCCCGAUUAUGCCAAGAUAACAGCCCCACUACGAAGCCUCACUAAGCAAG